AUGAAGGUUCCACCAAUUCCCUCCAAUAAAUCGGUAGUUAAAAAUUCUCGAACUAGACUCAGUCCGAUAAAAUCGAGGGCAUCCAAGGCACAGAUCCAAGAUUCCUUAACUCAUUCCAAUGAUUCUCACGCGCCGAUAUCAUCCAACUCUUCUCAUAUAUCCUUACCGUCCUUGCCUCCCUCCAUACGAGUACAACCAUCCUCUAUCAAACAGUACUUCACGCCACAUAUAAUUCAUUUGUGGUUAAAGAAUUUGGAGUCUAUAGUGCAUCUCAAUGAAGCUUGGAAUAAGAGACUAAAUGAAGAUUUUACUUCGUGGCAAUGGAGCGCUAUCAUUUAUAGACCGCCACAAGUCGUGAAGAAAAUUAGUGAUUUAUUCUUGCCGAAUAAAAGAGAAACUGAAGAUGAUAUUUGCGAGUUUGGAAAUACAUCCAAACCGUUUAUUUCCAGAACACUAACUCAUCAUUACAUGGAUUUGUUGAACAUUGAACGCAAUCUUGCAGAUUUCGAUCCUUCAUUUGCUUUAUUAUGGGACAAGAAUGUCUUACCGCCGCAAGCCUAUCAGCCAUAUAAAGUCCAUAAUAGUGUUGAUAAUGAUGUUAUUCCGUAUUUGAAGUAUACUUUAGAGAAUCUGAUCAAUUGGAAGGUGAAAAGUCCCGACGAUGAUUUUAAUUAUGGAUGUGAUUGUGAGGAUAAUUGUCAGAUUUUUAAAACUCCGAAUAAAGGUUGGGGGGUUAGAACUCUGGCAGCGAUUAAGGAAGGUUCAUUUGUAAUGGAGCAUGUUGGAGAAAUACUUGAGUCAAGAACAGCAAAAUUACGGGAAGUGUGUUACGGAAAAUUAGAUAUGUUGACAUAUUUCGAUCUCGAUUUUGGGUUUGAUGAAAGCAGAAAAUCCAGUGUUCUUUGGUAA